AAGCAGCUCGCUCAUUCGCGCCACGACUUCGAAGCGAGAAACUAUUAUUAAAACGACAUGCAUUUUUGUGGACCGUCUCCGGUUGUGCUAAUUGCGCUACUUGAACUGCUGGCGGUCCCGGCUCUCAGCGAGUCGGAAUCGACGGAACUCUACGGAGAUAUUGUUAUUCCCGGAGAGUUCGAGUCACUAAGCUUGACCCGCGAACGCCAGAAGCAUCUCUGUCAACGAGAGGUGCCUGUUGUGUUUUUUCAAACGGAUAAGGACUUGAUGCCGCGAGGGAAUGGCUCCUCCAUUUUCUACCACCGCAUAGAGGUCUGCUGCGAAGGAUAUCGAAGGGAUCAGUACUCCAAGCGCUGUGUUCCGGACUGCUCGCAAAGUUCGCCAGAUAACUGCCGCAAUGGCUUCUGCCGAAGUCCGGAACACUGUGAGUGCUUCCCGGACUUUGUCCGCAACGAAUAUGGCGUCUGCAUUCACACCUGUCCGAUUGAAUGCCAGCACGGUCGAUGCUACCUGAACGGCACCUGUGCCUGCCACCGAGGCUUCGCCCUGGACCAGGAGACCCGUCUCUUCUGCCGACCGCAGUGCUCCAAAGCCUGUGGCACGCAUGAGACGUGUGUGGCACCCGGGGAGUGCGAGUGUUCCCCCGGAUACAGGCGCACUCCAGAUCUGGGAUGCCAACCUGUCUGCGCCCCGGACUGCGGGUACGGCAAGUGUGUCGCCCCCAAUCAGUGCGAGUGCUUCGCGGGAUUCAUAAAGCGUCCCCAGCGCAAUGUAUGCGAGGCAGAGUGCUACAUAAAUUGUGAGAACGGCUUUUGUGAGUCGCGGUACAAGUGCCAGUGCCGGGAGGGCUAUCGCUACGACCUGAACACCACCAGCUGUUUGCCGGAGUGCAUCGAAAACUGUGGCCAUGGAAAUGGAGUUUGUAUUGCACCCGGAGUAUGUCGCUGCUUUGAGGGAUACGAGGCACAUGGCACGGAGUGCCGCCCCAAGUGCGACAGGUCCUGCGGGAAAUAUGGACGUUGCCUGGCUCCAAACAUAUGCGGUUGUGGACAUACAGAGCAGCAUUGCCUGAAUGGAAAGUGUGAAUCAGGAGACCACUGCCAGUGUCCUCCAGGAGAAACGCACUUUGUAGACCGGUGUUUGGGACCCAACCAACUGAACCAUCAGUUGUCCACCAACGAAAAACGAAAGCAUUUCAACCUACAGUUGGGUCACGAGUUUAAUGCUUUGAUCGGACGCCUCUUUAAUCUUGUUUAAGACAAUAUAUAAUUAUAAUUGA